AUGGAUGGCCAAAGCCCUCUACUACUGACCUUUUCAGGUCAAGAUUUCGAAAUCAGUGUCCCUGAAUCGGCAGCAAGAGCUCAUUCUCCUGUGCUUGCCGCGGCUCUAACACCCAAGAAUACUACGAUUAUUUCUGUCACCGAGUUCGAUUUUCCUACUGUCCAAUGCUUGGCUCAGUAUCUCGAGACUGGGAAUUAUGGGGUGAACGCUGGUAGCUUUCCAAGUGUAAUAUCGGCCAUCGGCCAGCCUGUCCCCGAACACUACACCAGAGAUCUGUUGAUAAGCCAUGCACGAGUCAACGCCAUCAGCGCUCAUUUUGAGAUUCCGAAACUUUCUCAGCUCACGAGAUCCCACAUCGCACCGACCUUGGACCAUUAUUGGUUUGAUUCUGCGUAUCUCGCUACUGUCACGGCCGCCUUGGGCUCGAAGGAUCCUUACUUGCAACGCCUGCUGGUUUCCAAGGCCAGAGAGCAUUUAGAUUCCCUGAUCGCCUCACCAGAGUUCGAUCAUGCUACGAUGCUGCGAAGCUUUCACAGCACCUUCCGAGUUUCUCCCACACUUCCACAAAAGACUGCUGAGACCGAGAGUUCAGCCGAGAUUGAAGAGCUCAGGAGGCAAGUGUCAAUAACCUCAUCCGAACGUGACGACCUUCAGCAACAGCUUACAGCUGCCUUAUCUGGGAACAAACAACUUCGUCAAAGAGUAGGGGAUAUCUCUUCUGAGCGUGACCAGCUCCAGCAACUCAUCCAGGAUAGGGAUGUCAGUGAGGAGCAGUGCGAUAUUGACUUCAAGAAGAGGUUAGAAUCUCAAAAGGCCGAUUUCAAGAAGCACCUUGCUGCCACCGCGUCCGAGAACGACCGACUAAGCCAGAGCGUCGCCGACCUUUCUUCAAAGCACCAACAGCUACAGCGACGUAUGAAGGAAGAGGAACAGAAGGCAUCUCGGUCUACUCGCGAGCUUGCAGAAGCUUCCGCGGCCCGGGUCGAGUUACAAAACGAACUCACAGCGUCCACUGCUAAGAGUGAUCAACUUCGAAAGGAAAUCUCGGCUAUCUUCACCGGGCGCCAGCUUCUCGAUCAGGAACUAAGGGUGGCGGAGGACAAGGCCACCGAAUACGCCCAGAAGCUCGAAGAGAAAUCCAAGGCCCAGGAAGCAGCCGAAAGAGAGUUGAGAGUCGCUAGCUCUGAGCGUGCCUUACUGAGAAAACGUUGGGACCAAGAAAGGGAAAAGGUCAAAACUCUGACCAAAUCGAACGAAGACCUAAGCCUCGCACUUGAACUUGAGAAAAGCAGCGACGCCAGUGUCAUUGCCCGCAAGCGAGAUGAUUUGAAGAAAGCUCUUGAGGACGAACAAAAAGAGGUUGCAAAGCUUACGGCCGAGAACAAACUGAAGGCCGAGACGCUUGCGGCUGCAAACAAGAGGGCUGAUGUUUACGCCGCUCAAAAGCUACGACUGGAAACCCAGUACUCGGAGGAGCUAAAGAAAUCAAACAGCUUCAAGGCCGAGCUAGAUGCAGCGAAACAAAAUGCAAGUUUGGCGAUGGGCCGCGAACACGCGGCGAACAAUAAGAUUACCAAACUAAUCGACACUGUUCAUAAACACGGAUGGUGCCGCAACUGUGGGGAUGAUUUUGGAUCAUGGAUUGAAGAUGAUGGCUCAUGGCUUAUCUUACGAUGUUCUAAUUGCCGAUGCCGACAUUAUAAUUGA